CUGCUGAAUACGGCGGAUGGACUGGAUCUGAGGGGUCUGGCAGUGGGAGCCAAACUCCCUGAAGUGUUUGAACUCCCCACAGUGACGAUCACACUCCAUGAUAUACUGGUAUCCACGAUAACCAGGGUACUGGUAGCACACGAAUCUGUGGAGACAUCACAAGGGAGGAGCAAGUUUAGAACAAGUGUUGCAAGAGAGUGUUUGUUGUGAAACCAGGAAUAUUUAAAGAAGGAGAGGUGUGGGACACUCACGCUCCAGACUGGAUCCUGAGAGAGCCAACUUCGUUGUUGCACCAGCCCAUGGCCUGGAGGGAGGGGUAGUCGUCACUGAGCUCACCCUUACGGCCCAGGAAGUUCUCACGCUCGAAGAUGGUCAUACGACACUCUCUGUGGUUCUGCAGGGGGAGAAAAACACAUAAGAACAAACUUAUAAGUUGUUUUUUUCCCCAGUCAAAUCUGCAAACGCACCUUUCCUGAAGCUUAGAAACAGAACUUACAGCACAGGCGAUGGGUCUGAAGGAGGUCAUCCUCUCGAUGUGGUAGGCGUUGCUGCCUCCGAAGGCGUCACACUGGGGGUACUCUCCUCUCUCCAGGACAAACUGCUGCCCCUGGUAGGAGGCGUGCUCGUAACCCACCCAGCUGUGAAACAAAAAACAACAACCUCUUAUAAAAACUCCUCUUUUUUGUUGUGCAGGAUAUCAUUACAGUAUGUUGGAGCAGCAUGUUUUACUCACGCUCCGCUCUCCACCCUCAGGGAGCGCACGGUCUCGAAGCCCAACUCCAUCACGUUGCAGCACUCGGAGGUGAACUCAUGGCGGCGGCCCUGGAAGCACUCCUCGUCGAAGACAAUGAUCUGGAGGGGGAGAAAAGUGCAGAAACUCACCUUCCAGUGGCCGGAGAACUUGGUGCAAUGAGAGUCUCCACCAACACUGGGUGCAGUGCCGGCCUUUGGGCCCCUGUUUCUGGGGGGAUAUGUGUGUUUGCCGUGCCGGCUGGACCCCAGUUUGAGGGGGCCGGCGGCGUUUUCCAGGCUCUGCGAUGACCCGCCCGGCUUUGGCACGGGCCCACUGUGAUGACGAGGUGCUUUCCUUUGUGUGCUGAGCCUCCACGUUUGGCCUUUGCCAGAGUAUAAAAGCUGGGGUCGGGCGUUGAAGGCACCAGCACGAGCCAGCCUCCGCAAGCUGUACUAACACAGACUCUCCUGAAACCCCUCUCGCCAUGUCUCAGACCGCCAAGUCCGCCUCCAGCCAGGGCACCGACGCCAAGGACAAGGGUGCCCCAGCUCCAGCCGCUUCCAGCAAGGCCACCAAGACCGGAGAGCCCGGCGUGGGAUCCUACAGAAUCAUGAUGUUCGACCAGGAGAACUUCCAGGGCCGGAUGAUCGAGGUCCAGAAUGAGUGUAUGAACGUGUGUGACCGUGGCAUGGAUAGAGUGCGUAGUAUCAUUGUGGAGUGCGGCCCCUUCGUUGCCUUUGAGCAGACUAACUUCCGCGGGGAGAUGUUCAUCCUGGAGAAGGGAGAGUAUCCUCGCUGGGAUACCUGGAGCAACUCCUACCGCAGCGACUGCCUCAUGUCCCUCAGGCCCGUCCGCAUGGACAGCAUGGAGCACAAGAUCUGCCUGUACGAGCUCUCCGACUUCAAGGGCAACAAGAUGGAGAUCCAGGAGGAUGAUGUGCCCACCCUCUGGGCGCAUGGCUUCUGUGACAGAGUGGGCAGCGUGAGGGUCCCAGGAGGAGCGUGGGUUGGAUACCAGUACCCUGGAUACAGAGGCUACCAGUACCUGUUUGAGUGCGGUGACUACAAACACUACAACGACUUCAGCGCCUUCCAGCCUCAGAUCCAGUCCAUGCGCCGCAUCAGGGACAUGCAGUUCCACCAGAGAGGAUGCUUCACCUUCACCUCCGCCAGCAAGUGAAUGGCCGCCGCUGGCCCGUCGUAGCCACGCAGCCCUCUCAGCUUUUUAUUUCUUUUUCUCUGAAUCCUUUCCUAAAUCCUCCACCAUCGACGCUCCAUCCCAGAGGAAAGACAGAAUGAGAGCAGACAUACACAGGAAAACAUUCACUGACUUUUUAUG